GCGCGCGGCCCGCGGCGAUGUGGCGGCUGCGGCUGCUGGUCCUGGCGGCCCUGGCGGCGCGCACCGCCGAGGCCCAGGCCAACUCCAGCGACGGUCUUCUUGAAUUUUCUGUGGGAAAAUUUACGCACUUUGUGCUCAGUAGGCCCUUUCCGCGGGAGGCCAUUCUGCGCCACAUUUCCAGCAACACAACCUUUCUUCUUUUCCAAGUUCACUCCCAGUAUCAGAACACCACGGUGUCAUUUACCAAGACCCUCCGUCCUGGCACCUCCGGAACGGGCACCGACAGAGGACUGGUUUUCGUGCUUAGACCUGAGCAGACUGUGUGCACUUGGUACUUGGAGACGAAAGAUACCAAGCCUGUUCAAAACCUGGCCAUUCCGCUCUCCUACUCAGAAAGAGAUCCCAUUCCUGGAGGCUGUAAUUUGGAGUUCGAGCUAGAUGUCGAUCCCAACAUUUACUUGGACUAUAAUUUUUUUGAAACAACUGUCAAGUUUGCACCGGCAAACCUAGGCUAUGCAAGGGCCGCAGCGCCGCCGCUAUGUGAUGUGGGCACGGGCCAGGAGUCGAGGUGGAGGCUGCGCUAUGACGUCUACCAGUACUUCCUUCCUGAGGGUGACCUCACGGAGGCCUCGCUGCUGCAGCAUCUUCAGAGGAUGGCCCAGGUGUCCCACGUGAAGGCCAGUGCGGCCAAGGUGGUCACCCUAACAGCCGACGAUAAGACAGCUGUGUCCUUCUCUUCCCUCCCUGGACAAGGAGUCAUUUAUAAUGUCAUCGUCUGGGACCCGGCCUUCAAUACGUCAGCUGCCUACGUGCCCGCACACACGUAUGCCUGCAGCUUUGAGUCAGCAGAUGGCGGUAGCUGCGCUUCUCCUGGAAGAAUAUCUACCAAAGUGUUCUCCACUCUGUUUGCCCUGCUCGGGCUCUUCGUUUGUUUCUUUGGACAUAGAUUCUGGAAAACAGAAUUAUUCUUUGUCGGCUUCAUCUUCCUGGGAUUCUUCUUUUACAUCCUGAUCACAAGGCUGACAUUCCUUAAGUACGACGUUCGCCUGGUCCUCACAGCCGUAGCUGGCAGCAUCGGUGGGAUCCUCCUGGUGGCCACCUGGUGGCGAUUUGGGACCGUCACGCUCUGUAUGCUGUGCGUGGGCCUCAUGCUGGGUUUCCUCGUCUCCUCCGCUGUUCUCUUCACUCCUCUGGGAAACCUGACUGUUUUCCGUGACGACAGCGUGUUCUGGGUGACGUUCUCCUGCAUAGCCCUGCUCAUCCCGGUUGUCUUCAUGGGAUGCCUCAGAAUACUGAACAUCCUGGCCUGUGGAGUCGUGGGCGCCUACUCUGUGGUGUUGUCUGUUGGCAGUUAUGUGUCCACGAGCCUGUCCUACAUCACUCUGAACGUCCUCAGGAGGGCUCUUGACGUGGACUUCCGAGGGGCCGUCAUCAGAGCGCCUUUCCAGACCAACGACUUCGUCAUCCUGGUGGCGUGGGGGAUGCUGGCUGUCAGUGGAAUCACACUGCAGAUCCGGAGAGAGAGGGGGCAGCCGCCUUUCCCACCCCACCCCUACAAGCUGUGGAAGCAAGAGAGGGAGCGCAGAGUCACCAACAUCCUGGACCCCAGCCACCACGUCCCGCCCCUGAGAGAGAGGCUCCAGGGCCGCAUCACUCGCCUCAGAGAGCUCUUCCGGAAGGAGCAGCCGGCUGGAGAGCGGACGCCCCUGCUUCUGUAGAAGGCCACGAGUGUGGCCAGCGUGCCCCUGGACUUCUCCCCGCUGUCCGGUGCGGGGUCAGCUGGGCUCAGCGGGAGGCUGACGUACAGUGGUGGAUCAGAGGACUCCAGGUGACGGUGAGAAAAAUCACCGGAAAGUUGGCUGUGGACAUUUUCCUCAUUCUCUACAACCUCGAGAAAUUUCCUUUUGGUUUGGAAAGAGAUGAUUGAUGUGUUUUUAUAAAACACACCAAAAAAUGAAAUCGUCAGUUCUCCUUCCAGCCCUGGUGUUUCUCUCGAAGUUUCUUGAGCAGCUCUGACCCUCACCCCUGGACAGGGAGGCAGGCAGCUUUGUGUACAGAGAUUAGGAACUUGACCCUGGGCCCCUGAAUGUCAAGACCGAGGGAAAAGUCACUUCCCCAUUUCACUGAAAGGAUCUCAUACUUCAAAUCAGGAACCCUUUCCAUUUUUUUUCAAUAUUUAAACAAUCUAUUUUAAAAACUGUAGCAAACUACCCCAAAAUCUAUCCGCGUGGCUUCCCGAUUGUUUUGCCUGUUAGUGCUUUAAGUGGUAAUUUAAAGAACUAAAUUAUUUCUGUAAUUGAAAACAGCUCAGUUUAUUAAAGACAAUAGAAUUUCUGUAGGAAUGAGCUACUUACAGCCAAAAUAACUGUUUUUUGUUUGGGGUCCAUUUAAAGCCGUGUUGACUGUUGACCUUUCUCUUGUGUCAGAUGAUGCCGGGACUGUAUUUUGUCAGGGACCUGCUGGUUGCCGCCUUACUGUGCAGUGUCACUAACACCAGGAGGCCUCUUCCGUCCUAGCUCUGUGAGGCCGCUGUGUUAGCACCUGUGGCAUGGCUGCUGCUGAUCGCUCUGUGUGAUCAAAGCCCAGUGCUCAGAGGGGCUCACUAGGCCGCUCCUUGGGUUCCCUAUGGAGGGCCUCUCUCGCUCUGAGGCCCUGCUUCACAAGGUGCCCUGGGCUGCACACCUCCCUCCAAGCAUCAGGCUGCGGCUGCUGAGCUGGUUCCCGACACGCGUUGAGUGACAGUGAAGCUGGCAGUGGUGUGCGUCUUCAGUGAGGUGACCGCUGCUUAGCAGAUGCUUUCUAGUCUCUUCACGGUACAGCCAGCCAUUACAAGUUCAGGUAGUGGGCAGUCCUCAGUUUGGGCUUUGAAAAUGCUUUGAGUACAAUGAAAAAAACUGUAAAACGAACCACUUUUGUUUCAGAAAGUUCUUACUCUGUUAUUACAGUGUAGCUUCAGCAAUGAACUUUUUUUUUUAAUUACUGUAUGGUCUCUGGUUUGUGUCACAUGCUUGUAUUUCAGCUGUUUGGUAUGUUGGGAGAGACAUUCUCUGUACUGUUGGGACACAGUGACAGCUGUAAAAGGCAUAGUGUGUUUUCUUGGAGGGAGAAUACAAAUUAUUUUUAAAAUUUCAUAAAUUUUAAUAAUUCAAUUUGGACAAUUUUUGUAAUAAAUACCUACUUUGAA